AUGGUGAACGCAUCUCAGCAAAAGUUAAUUCAGCUCACCCAUUUGACACUUAUUUUUGCAGCUUGGGUACAAGUGAGCCAUGGAGAUGCUCACGUGGCUCUAGCAUUCAAAGGAUCAUUUGGAAUCCAACGUACUGGAUGGGCUAUUGCUCGUUCUGGUUGCUGGUCUAUGAUAAAAGGGGGCUUAAUACUCACUACUUCAGGUCAUGUGAACCUAUAUCUUGAGGCCAACAACACAGCCAUCGAGUUAUGGGCCGAUAGCAUAUCAGUAAAGCCAUUUUCUCAAGAGGAGUGGAAAUUUCAUCAACGUCAAAGUACUGAGAAGGUACGCAAAACUAAAGUGAAAAUCCAAGCAGUGGAUUCUCAAGGCCAACCAUUACCAAACGCAACGGUCUCCCUCACACAACAAAAGAACAAUUUCCCAUUUGGCAAUGCAAUAAGCCAACACAUCCUCAACAACAAAGCCUAUCAAGAUUGGUUCAUAUCACGAUUCAAGUACACAGUUUUCGAGAACGAAAUGAAAUGGUACUCCAACGAGAAAAUCCAGGGCCAACAGGACUACAACCUGGCGGAUGCCAUGCUUAGGCUUGUCCAAAAACAUAACGUUCAAGUCCGGGGACACAACGUCUUUUGGGACAAUCCUCAGGACAUGCCCUCGUGGACCCGUUAUCUUUCACCAGCACAACUCUCUUCAGCUGCAUCAAGAAGGAUAAAUUCGGUGAUGAAUCGAUACUUAGGCCAACUUAUUCACUGGGAUGUUGUGAAUGAAAAUCUGCACUUUUCAUUUUUAGAGAAUAAGCUCGGGAAAAACGCAUCUGCUGUUUAUUACAAGAAAGCUAAUGAAAUUGAUAGCAGGGCAAUUCCAUUCUUGAAUGAUUUUAAUACCAUUGAACAUGGAUUUGAUGGAACUUCAAAUCCAGCAAAGUACUUAGAAAAAAUUCGAGAGCUUCGAUCCAAUGGUUAUAGUGGGCCUUUAGGAAUUGGACUUCAGGGUCAUUUUGUCAAACCAAAUUUACCUUAUAUAAGAUCUUCUCUUGAUAUGCUUGCUUCUGCUGGAUUGCCAAUUUGGAUCACAGAGUUAGAUGUUGCAAACACCACAAAUCAGGAAGUAUAUUUGGAAGAGAUUAUAAGAGAGGUUCAUGCACAUCCAGGAGUGAAAGGAAUAAUAAUGUGGGCGCCAUGGGGUCCCAAAGGAUGUUAUAGAAUGUGUUUGACUGAUAACAAUUUCAAGAAUUUGCCGACUGGAGAUGUUGUUGACAAGAUCCUUAAAGAGUGGAGUCACCAGGGAUUUUCUGGUACUACUGAUGACAAUGGUUUUUUUGAAACUUCGCUUUUUCAUGGAGACUAUGAAGUUGAAAUUAAUCAUGCUGAAAAAAUAACAUAUUCCUCCGGGGCUCAGAAAGGUAAGGUGGCAGGACCAAAUGAUGGAACUGGGGAAAGUUCACGUUACACAAUUUUUGCUUGAUUCUCCUGCUAAUUAAUUGCUCCUAAUUAGCCAGUUAUCGUUUGUUGUUUUGGUUUCAUAGAUAAUUUUGUCACACAAGUUUAUUAUUGAAAGUAAAUUAAGGAGUUAUCGAAUUUUAUUCUUAGGGAAAUUAGAACUUUUAAAGUCCUUUAAAUAUCAGUAAAUUAUGAAUUUGGU